UUUACCAGUGUCUGUCUCUCUCUCUCUCUCUCUCACACACACACACACUCUCUCUCUCUGUUGUUGUAUGGUUUAGAAACACAUAAUGGACUUCACAGUGAAGAGACUGGCGGCGGACGCGGGGACCUUCCUGAGCCGGGCGGUGCAGUUCACAGAGGAAAAGCUGGGCCAGGCCGAGAAAACUGAGCUGGAUGCACAUUUGGAAAAUCUUCUCUCCAGAGCCGAGUCCACCAAACACUGGACAGAGAAGAUUUUGAAGCAGACAGAAGUGCUGCUGCAGCCAAAUCCAAAUGUGCGGAUAGAGGAAUUUUUCUACGAGAAAUUGGACAAAAAAGUCCCCACGCGGAUGAAUAACCACGAGCUGCUGGGACAGUCCAUGAUCGAUUCUGGGACUGAGUUUGGACCUGGCACAGCGUACGGAAACGCUCUGAUGAAGUGCGGAGAGACGGAGAAGCAGAUCGGAGGAGCUGAGAGAGAGUUCAUCCAGAGCUCCGCUAUUAAUUUCCUCACACCUUUCAGGAAUUUUCUGGAGGGUGAUUUCAAAACUAUAAUGAAAGAGCGCAAGCUGCUGCAGAUCAAACGUUUGGAUCUCGAUGCGGCCAAGACAAAGUUGAAGAAAGCCAAAAUGGCUGAGGCGAGAGCUGCUGCCGAGCAGGAGCUGAAGGUGACACAGAGUGAGUUUGACAGGCAGGCUGAGAUAACCCGACUGCUCCUGGAGGGAGUCAGCAGUACACACGCUCACCAUCUCCGGUGUCUAAAUGACUUUGUCGAGGCUCAGACCACUUACUACGCUCAGUGUUAUCAGUACAUGGUCGAUCUGCAAAAACAGCUGGGAAGCUUUCCUUCCUCAUUCUCUUCCAAUAAUAACCAGUGCUCAGUGGGGGCGGGAGCCAGCGUCUCGGUACCCACUCUGCCGGUUUCCUCCGUCCUCUCUUCCAGCUCCAGACAGACUCACUCAGGCUUCAGUGAGCUGUUGAGCUCAGGUGUGAGCCGCAAGGCGCGGGUACUGUAUGAUUACGACGCAGCCAGCAGCAAUGAGCUCUCCUUAUUGGCUGAUGAAGUGAUUACAGUGAGCAGCGUCCCAGGCAUGGAUUCUGACUGGCUCAUGGGAGAGCGUGGGCACCAGAGGGGCAAAGUGCCAAUUACAUACCUAGAGCUCUUAAACUGAGUGGCAACAACAAAUUAAACCCUACACACAAUUCAGAUUGGAUUACACACUUUCCAAUUUGUUUCUACAACUGUGCAAAUUUUGUGAGCUGCUGUCAGGCGUCCGUGUGUUGUGGAUAUUUAGCUUGGGCAAGGGAAGAGAGUCUCAUCCAAGUCAUUUCUGUUUACAAGUUGAUUAUUGCACAAGGGCUUUCGAUGUAAUGUCAUUACUGCCAACACCCUGUAUUCAAGAAUAGAGCUGAUCAGAAGAGCUUGCUUUUGUAUUGAAAUAUUACUUAACCCAUGACUCACUUUAUAUCAUUUUAAAGUCUUUAUGGAAAGUCAUUGUGCCAUUUUUUAGAACUUUCAGAACUGUUUUUUUAAGAAUUCUUUCUUUUUAAAAAGUUUGUGUUUAAAACUUUUUGGCAGGGAUAGAAACUGAAGCGAUGUAUUAUAUUGUGGACUAUCUGAUUUAUAAUAGCUCUAGUUACCAUGUGCCUCAGAUAUUAUUUAUCUUUUUAUUUGAGAAUUUAAAAAAUGCAGACUGUUUACCAGUGUGUUUUAAAGGCUUAAAUCAGAUGCAGAACUUAAAACAGUUUUUUUUGUUUGUUUUUUAAAUGUAUAUAAAGAGAGAACAAGCAGUAUUCAUAACGUGACCAUGUUUAGAGAAAGCACAUUUACUUGUGAGGUUAUUUACAGUUUGUUGUAAACUCAAUAACUUGAUGUUAUAUUCAAACUUCCAGUGUUGUGUGCCUUAAAUACCGCAGUGCCUUUUUUAAUCGCUCUGAUCCUCUCAGGAUGAGCAUUAGGACUGUACAAUCUUAAAAGUACAGCUGGUUCAAAUCAGGCACAUCGUUAAUUAAUCUGUUUGGCUUUAAGGCCGUCAUCUCAGAGGCUUAAAACUGUUUACUUAUAUGCUUGGUGGAGUUCUUUUCCCCAUUCUUUUGAUACAACUUUAGAAAAUGUCAUAGUAUGGCUACACCUAACUCUACUUUCAGUUUGUGUAUCAUCCUGUCAUGUCCAUUAUUUCAACAAGUCUCCUAAGAAUUCUCAUAUUGUUUUUGCAUUAUUACAAAUAAAUACCUUUUACAUGCUUUAUUAUAUCCAGUGCAGUACAUGCUCACAGUGUAACAGUUUUGCGGAAGGCUGCAAGCUGUUCAUUUGUCCCAGCUGAUUUCUUUGGACAUGACGUAUAUGUAUCUGUAUAAUAUAAAAAUAAUAAUAGUAAUAAAAAGUUGCAUUUAGAUUUAGAUUUAACGGUUUUAGUUGUGGUGAUUUCUAAUUUUCCCUUUUCAGAUGUACAUGUGGACCAGCAGAGGUCAGGCUUUUCAUUUGGACAUUUCAGCAAUGUUCUGUAAAUACAUUUUUAUUAAGUUAAACACUCUGUACACUCUGCAACUCUGUUUUAUUGACGUCUCAUUAUUAUUGUUAUCUUAUAUUAUGAAGCCCAUUUCUCAUUUUAUCGACACUUUAAAAGUAACUUUUGGACAAUUUAUGCAAAGGUCAACCUUACCAUAGGCAUUAUUUAUAGAGUUCUAGCCAAAGCAUGCUGAUGCACUAAAAAUACUACAUCUGCUUAUAUUGCCUAAACUUUAACUUGUAAAUGAAACAGUAGUGCUAAGCAUCAAAUAGCACAAAGGGGCACAAAAUUGAACUACAAAGAAAACAAGGAAAAGAAGAAGAAAGGACCAGAGAAAAUGAUUCGGAAUUUGUCCCUGCUUUAAUCAUUUUAUAGUUAGUUUUUGUACGACUACUUUUUCAAAUGGUUCAUGAUCAAUUUCACUGUUGAACUAUCUGUCUGUCUAGCGUUUGUAGAGAUUAAUACAGACAUGUCACAUCCAUAACGCUGUUUUUUUCUAAAUCAUUCCUUCCAAAAAAUGACAAACAUUUGCAAAUCUAUUCUUUUUUGUGUUUGUUCAUGUGUAAAAUGUGUGUGUUUUGCGGUUGUACAGAGUUUGUAGAAAACCUGUACUCUCUUAUUAAAGGUUGUCUGUUUUAAAGUCA